CAUCUCCAGAAUUUUAUCAAAGAAGGCAUCUUAGUAGAGCAGGUUAAAAAUGUUUUUAUCACAAAAACAUUUCCAAACCACUACAGUAUUGUGACAGGCCUGUAUGAAGAAAGCCAUGGCAUUGUGGCCAACUCCAUGUAUGAUGUCGUCACCAAGAAACACUUCUCCGACUUCAAUGACAAGGAUCCUUUCUGGUGGAAUGAGGCAGUGCCUAUUUGGGUGACCAACCAGCUUCAGGAAAACAGGUCCAGCGCUGCUGCUAUGUGGCCUGGGACCGACGUCCCCAUUCACAAUGCCACGCCUUCCUAUUUCAUGAACUACAGCUCCUCGGUGUCAUUCGGGGAGAGGCUCAGUAACAUCACCACGUGGCUGAGCAGUUCCAACCCACCAGUCACCUUUGCGACACUCUAUUGGGAAGAACCAGAUGCAAGCGGCCACAGGUACGGCCCUGAAGAUAAAGACAACAUGCGCAGAGUGUUGAAGGAAAUAGAUGACCAUAUCGGUGAGCUAGUUCACAAGCUCAAGGCGUUAGGACUGUGGGAAAAUCUUAACGUGAUCAUUACAAGUGAUCAUGGGAUGACGCAGUGUUCUUCGGGGAGGCUGAUAAACUUGGAUGCGUGCAUCAACCGUUCAGACUACACUCUUAUAGAUUUGACCCCAGUUGCUGCAAUACUUCCCAAAAUCAACAUAACAGAGGCUUAUAACAAACUGAAAAUCUGUAACCUGCACAUGAAUGUUUAUCUCAAAGAAGACAUUCCUGCCAGAUUUCAUUACCAACAUAAUGAUCGAAUUCAGCCCAUUAUUCUGGUUGCUGAUGAAGGCUGGACAAUUGCGCUAAACAAAUCAUCGCCACCAAAAUGUGACCAUGGUUAUGAUAAUUCUUUGCCGAGUAUGAAUCCGUUCCUAGCUGCCCAUGGGCCUGCAUUUCACAAAGGCUACAAACAUAGCACCAUUAACAUUGUGGACAUUUACCCAAUGAUGUGCCACAUCCUGGGAUUAAAGCCACGUCCCAAUAAUGGAACCUUCAGUCAUACCAAGUGCUUGCUGGUCGACCAGUGGUGCAUCAAUCUCCCAGAAGCCAUCGGAAUUGUUAUUGGUGCGCUCUUGGUCUUAACCACUCUCACCUGCCUCAUCAUAGUCAUGCAGAACAGACUCUCGGGGCCCCGGCCAUUCUCCCGACUUCAGCUGCAAGAUGACGACGACGAUCCUUUAAUUGGGUAACGAGUGUGUGGGGGUUUGUAUAAAGUGGCUUUGAUUAGGACAUACCCCAGGAGUGGUGUUCUCACUAUGAAAAAGUCUACUUUGAAAGACAGCGCUGGGACCAAGCAUGCCAAAAUGAUUGUGUUCUGUUUUUCCUUGUGUUUUGCUUUGCAGCAUUGGCUAGUACAGAAGACCCUGACCAUAGGAAAAACUGCUAGAAAAUCAUUCGUUAACACCGUUUCUCUAACUGGAAACUUUUUUUUAAGAAAAAUACUGCCUUUGCCUUUUUUUUUUUUCUCUUUGCAAUGAAGAUUUGACACAUCUUCAGGUGAAACUAUACCAAAAUUUCAUGGGUCUGCUUUUCGAAUAAGUUUUUAUAUUUGUAAAUUAAACAACAAAAAUCUUUAUAAAAUUUGUGGAUUUUGUGUAUCAGGGAGGAAAAGGUUCCUAUAUUUUUAUAUUUACCUUUAAUAAGAGUGUGUAUCCCAAGUAAACCGUUGAGGUAGAAAAUUCUCUGUGAUGGUUAAUAAAAUGGAUCAACCAGGCAGAGCACAUCUAAUGAAGAAAUGAUUUUAAGAAAAGCUGUUACAGAAAAAAAAGACUGUGUGAUACAAAGCCUGAGUCUUCCCCCCUUGUGUCUUUGUUAAGACCCUUAAGGUAGUGAAGCCUCAAAAGAUAUCUUUUGAAGGUUAUUGCUAAUAGGAAAUUCAGAAAAUAGGGAAAAGUGCUUUCCUCUCUCUGUGCUUAAUGCCUUUGUGUGAGUUACGUAGUUGUGUGUGUGUGUGUGUGUGUGUGUGUGCGUGUGUGGAUGUACAGACCGUGGGACUUACAGGAGGUGGCGAGAGGACACUAGACUAGAGGCAGGCUUCCACAUCCCCUUAGAACACAGCUCUCAGGAAAGGUUAUGUUUGUAUUUGACAUUUAUUUACUUUCUUAUAACUCACAAGUUACUUAAAAUCACAAUUUUUAAAAGUUCAUUAAUUUUUGUUACCAUUUUUAACUUUCUCAUGUUGUUUUUUGCAACCAGAGAUAUCCAAGUCCCGCAGAAAAGUUAUGACCUGAAUACCAGUCUGGUUUUGAUUGGGUCACACUGAGAAAGAGAGAUUUUUAUACUUACCUUUGGGAAUUUUAUGCCUUACUUUUUAAGCAAUAGAGCUGAAUUUAAAAUGGCCCUUAGGGUCUUUGAUCUUUUACAGUAAUUGUAUGUUAAGUGACUGAAUGAUCUCCCAGCGCUCUGUUAACCUUCGGGAGCGUGAGUGCUGCUUCUGCUUCUUCCUCCAAUGUUUGGUUCAUAGAAAUAACCACUCUGCUCCUAUUAUUUUUUUCUUAACAUACUUGUUCGGAGCCCAGGGUUUGUUGUGGAUUAACUGUCAUCUUACCUUUGCUAAGUGGUACCUUCUAAUAAUCAGAAUUAAUAUGAAGAACCUGAGUUGGGGCAGACUAGCUUGUAUCUAUUAGAGGAAAAACUGGGUUUGAGAACUGUUCAUCAGGACCCGAGGCAAGGAAUUGACAUUACUCGUGUGAUCUUCAAAGGUUUGACAAUGUGAAAUAAACAAGGUAACAGUUUUGCAGCUGCAGAAAUAACCUGCAGUAAAUAUGCCACCCAGCUAAGUGCUGAUGAUCUGCGAUGGUAAAGAACAGUGGUGCCAGGCACCGGGUAGAUCCACCGUCCUGUGGUCACUGCUGACACCCUGAUCCUGGCAUUCCGUGCCUGUUGUUCUUGGGUUCUCGAGCAGCAUUUGCACACCCUGUGUGAACAGUCUGUGCACACAGUCAGAAGGUGACUGUAUUAAGAACAGCAUAUAAUAAAUAAAUAAAACCAACAGGACUAGUUUGCCUUUUGACAAAUUUCAUUUCAGAGGUGUUUUCCUUGCAUAAAAGUUAUCUUAAAGGUUAAUAGUUGAUCUGAACAGAAUGACAGAAAAAUUUCUUUCUACUUCGAUUUCCAUUAAAGAGAGAGAGAGAGAGAGAGAGAGGGAGAGAACAGUCACAUUUAGAGCCAUGAGCAUUUUUGGAAAUGCCUAAAUUAGUAGCAGGCAAUUAUACUAAUAAUAGAGCAGAGUUUGGCGCUUGCAGUAGUGUGAGCUUUAAUGGUUCUAUUGGCUUGACUGGUGGUUGUGAGUUUCAGAAAUCUGUACGUAGCAUCCAGCCUGUGAGUGGAUUUCAUACAGGACGGACUAGGAAGGGGAUGCCCUGGCAGUGUCUCAGCCCUUUGAACAAAAUACAUUUACCUAUUUGUCUUUUUCCUUCAUUCCAUUCUCAAAAUAUUAACUUGAAUUAUAAAUGUUUUAUAUAUAUAUAUAGAUAGAGGUGGACAAGAACAGUAUUUAAUCAAAGAGACAUAUUAUUAUAUUGAACUUUACAUUAAUUCAUUUGUAUCUUUAAAAACUUAUCACUCAGAGCCGAUGACUCGUCUAGUACACUGAGAAAAAUCUUUUAGUAAAGCCAGCCCUUUUCACUGAUGGUUUGGUGUGUAUUUUGUUAAAUAUUUGACUGAUAUGCUGCUGUGUUUUCUGGGUAGUAGGAAGUAUUUGGCUCCAGGAAACAUUUACUGUUUGUGACAACAAUGUGCAAAGGUAAUAGGAAAACGUUUCACUAAGUUUUUUGUGAGUUCAGUGAAUGAAUUUAGAAUAAGUACAUGUACUGAUAACAUAGGGACAGUCUGCUGCUGCUGUUAAUGUGUAAGUGUUUCUGGUAAACAGCAAUAGAAUAAGAAUCAUUUCACUGCUCUGUACUAUAGGUUUUGUGUUCCUGUUCCAUUAAGCUUGGCAUGAGCUUAAAGAUAAAUUCUUGGAAAAUUGAUGGAUUAAAGAUGCCUUUGCAUUGUUCUUAGGUGUUUCCUUCUCUCACCCGUAUCUGGCAAACUUUAAGGAUGAUUGCAUUUAAUUCCAUUUAUUUGGAAGGCUUUACUUCAUUGUGAAUAUAUAUAUAAAGCUACAAAGGAAGGACAAAGUGAGAUGGAAAGUGUGUAUUUAUUAUGAAUUCUUAAAAUAGUGUGUAAAUAAAAUGACAUGAGUGUGUUCUAAAGAAAUCUGUAUUUAGUGCCUUAAGUUAAAGUAAAAUAUAUUUUCACUGUAUUGUUUGGAGUUCCUGGUUAUGACUUUGCUUAUGAUUAAAACAUUUUAUGUGAAUAAAAUCUACCAAAACA